AUGUUUCCAAUGCGGUCUAAUGAGCUCGCAUGUGGGCGACAGGUUGUUGAGGAGUGGAAGAGAUGCUGCGAUAGACUUGCUGCACACAUUCAACCAAACGUCUUGGAGCUUAAACUCAACCUAGACACUGCGGAUACUCAUAUCGGUUCGGCGAUGCUGAGGACACUCUCCGCACUCCCGAUCUUGAAGGAAUGCUCUGUAGCUUUUGAAAUGACCAGUAGCCGCGAGCUCCAGCCGUUGACAGAGAGGACUGUUCGCCAAGUUACUGGGCAGAUCGUGUCUUGUCCACCGUUCCGCUUCGAGGACCUUCCAAUAGAACUCCAGCUCAAAAUUCUUGAAUAUGCAGGUCUCUCCGCGCCCGGGGAUCUUAGAUGGUUGAAAGGGAUCGGCUACAUUUUGAAUACCUGUGCCGAAAUGGCUUGUGGUAUUCGUGGCUCGCCGGCCAUUAGAUAUAUUGGUUGCCAUAUAUUUCGAGCCCGUUACAAUUCUGGGGAUCCUUGUUGGACAUUCCCGGCUUCAUUAUUCCUGGUAAAUUGCAGCAUAAGAGAACUUUCACAACACGUGUUCUUCUCUAAGAAUCGGUUCCUUCACCCUCAUCAUGAUGAUCCCUUGGGAUGGUAUCUGCCUCAAAGCUGCCUUCAUCUUAUACGGUUCAUCUCUUUUAGUUUUUCUUAUCUGAUCGACCUAAAGGACUACGCUCCCGGAUCGUCGUCUAUAGCACUCUGGAUCGACAGGCUUGAUUAUAUUACCCGACACUUGAACGUAUCAAACCUUGUUCUCUCGCUCUAUCUGGAGUGUACCGAGAGGUCAUGUGGACAGGCGCUCGACGUCGAUGUGGAAAAUCGGCUACAGCACGAUGUCGCCAUGCCCGAAGUGUAUAAGCGAAUUAUCGAGCCGCUUACUCGUAUAAAGGGAUUAAAAGAUCUUUUUGUGCAUAUGGGUAGACGGGGACGGCAGGGCGAUUUCUUGAACUCGGUCCGGGAUAAACAGGAAGCGGAGCUUGAACAGGUGGUAAUGGGCCCGUUGUACGAUGCUGUAGCACGAGGCAAAUACUGGUCGAGGCCGCCUAGUCCGAUUUGCCGGAUGUAG